ACUAACAUAACGAAGAACGCUUUAGUGCUCCCUAUCCAUUUUCCCGGACGUAGUUAAAAUUCUGAAUCGGAUUUGUAUGUGGAGUUGUGGCGGAGGCUGAAGGGGGCAGUUCCUGACUCUCGACUACUGGAUGCGAGAACCGGAGAGUCGAAAUCAAUCGUUCGACUGCAAAUGGUGGAACUUGAUUCACGAGUGCACUGAAUGUACCCGGAAAACUAUAUCCAUUUACUUGUAAUUUUUCCCACUAUGCUUUCUGUUUAUACAGCAUUGGUUUCCCUAAGUUGUAAAUAAUUGUAUCAUGGAAAACGAAGCUUACGGUUUGACAGACUUCUUCGUGGCCAGACACACUACAGACCCUACCUUACGCUUGGAACUGCUUUCUCGUAAUCAAAAUGGCUUCCGCCAUGGCCAAGACUCAGGGAUGGGGACAGAGAUUGCCAUGUCAAACAACACUGCUACCGACACGUUUUUAGAUGGUUCCCCUUCGGCCGAAGUGUUCCCAACGAAUUCGCAAGCUUCAACUUUGCUUGUAUUGUCUGCACUGAAAAUAAGACCUUGGAAUGUUGAGUCUUUAGAGUCCACGAACAACAGUCCUCUUGCACAGGAGCAAGGAGUAGCCAGAGCAACGGUCCAAAUAAACAGGGGAAGACGGGAAAGAGAACAGCGUGAACUUGGGCGGGAACAACUUCAAACGAACCAGGACAGAGAAUCGCAAGAGGCUGAAGAAUAAGGCAACAGAAGAAGAGAUUUUCUAAGUAGAUGAAACCUUGUUUCAUAUAACAUUCCUAUUGUUUUAGAAAUGUUUGUACAAAUGUAGUCAAUAUGUAUUUUCCACGCUAGAUGCUGCCUGUAAACACAUUAAAAUCCUCAAUAAUUGUG